UCCAGAAAACCACAGGGCUCCUGCCUGGGCCGCCAGGGCCGGCUCCCCCAGGGAACCGACAGGAUGGCAGAGGGCAAGGCUGGAGGUGCUGCCGGCGUCUUUGCCAAGCAGAUGCAGAAGAAGUUCAGCAGGGCCCAGGAGAAGGUACUGCAGAAGUUGGGGAAAACUGUGGAAACCAAAGAUGAACGGUUUGAACAAAGUGCCAACAACUUUUACUAUCAGCAGGCAGAGGGCCUCAAACUAUACAAGGACCUGAAGAACUUCCUUAGUGCAGUCAAAGUGAUACAUGAAAGUUCAAAGAGAGUGUCACAAACGCUGCAGGAGAUCUACAGCAGCGAGUGGGACGGUCAUGAGGAGCUGAAGACCAUCGUAGGGAAUAACGACCUCCUCUGGGAAGACUAUGAAGAGAAACUAGCUGACCAGGCUUUGAGGACCAUGGAAAACUAUGUCGCCCAGUUUGGAGAAAUAAAGGAAAGAAUCGCCAAGCGGGGUCGGAAACUCGUGGACUACGACAGUGCCAGACACCACCUGGAGGCAGUGCAGAAUGCCAAGAAGAAGGAUGAGGCCAAGAUUGCCAAGGCAGAGGAAGAGUUCAACAAAGCCCAGCUCGUGUUCGAGGAUCUGAACCAGGAACUACUAGAGGAGCUACCCGUUCUUUAUAAUAGUCGUAUUGGCUGUUAUGUGACCAUCUUUCAAAACAUUUCCAACUUGAAGGAUGUCUUCUACAGGGAAAUGAGCAAGCUGAACCACAAUCUCUAUGAGGUGAUGAGCAAACUGGAGAAGCAACAUUCCAACAAAGUCUUUGUGGUGAAGGGACUGUCAAGCAGCAGCAGACGCUCUUUAGUCAUCUCUUCUCCAGUUCGAACAUCCGCCGUCUCCAGCCCUCUUACCUCACCUACCAGUCCCUCUGCAGUUCCCUUGACGAGUGAGAAGGACUCCACCUCAGCAAGUGAAGAAGAGCUAGCAUCCGAUACAGCCCAGGAAGAAGACAACAUUGAGAUUAAAGAAGAGCCCUUACCAGACAAGGAAAUAGAGGAGAAAGAGGCUGAAACAAGCUCCUCUGAGGGGGAAGAGCCUCUGCCGGCCUGCAAUGGCCCCACCCAGGCCCAGCCCUCUUCCACCACUGAGGGUGUGGAGUCCCAGGAGGAAGUUCCCCCUCAGUCCCCAGCUCCAUCCCCAGGCAUGGCCCCAACCCCUUCAGAGCAGACUUCACCUGUCCCGGAAGUUGUCCUCCGAACCCGAACCUCGAGUGAAGGGUCUGAGCAGUCGAAGAAGAGAGCCCCUGUCCAGAGGACCUCAGCACCCCCUACUAGGCCUCCUCCCCCCAAAGCCGCUCCCAGCCCCAGGACCUCCACAGGGAACACACCCUCCAGUCCCACAGCCUCUGAGCAGGGUUCACCCACCAGCUCCAGGGCCUCCUUGAGGUCUGGGACGCCGAGUCCUAGUCCUAGGGCCUCUUUGGAGGUUUCUCUUGAUCCACAGCCACCAGAGAAGCCAACAAGAACUCCUGAGGAUGGAGAAAAGGAAAACAUCAACCACCCAAACCCAGAACUUUGUGCUUCCCCCACCACGAUGAUCCCUCAGGGUUUUUCAGAGUCUGACAAGGCAAGUAAGAUGGAAGACGAGGAUGAGAACAAUAAGCUUAUCUCGGCUGAGUCCCCCGAGAGCCCAGGUCUCCAGCUUCAUGUCUCUGCAGUCCCAGAAGACAGCAACGUCACAGCGCCUGAGCCUCAAGAAGAGGUAUCUACAGUUCAAAGUGAACAGCUCUGAAGAGGAACUGCCAAGACCUGCCCGCACUUACACCUCCCAGAGAAACUCCUCAGCUACAGGGCAUAUAAAUAAGUCAGAGGGACUUAAGAUUCAACGGUCAUUUCUAGAUUCUCAAGCAGUAUGGGUGCUGAUGGUGUCUAAAGACCUAGUCACAUUAAUGGAGGCUGAGGAGCAGAAUUAGGUGAGGGAGGGAGGCAGGCCUGGGAGAAGAGAUCGUCAGGCUCAGGGAAUAUUUAAUUCAGAUUUUGGCAUUGUUAGAACAAUUAAGACUUUACAUAUCAAUUGAAGUGGGGCUACAAUGACUACAACAAACAAAAGCAUCUAUAGACAAACAUGUAACCACACAUACUCAGGGAAAAGGAAACAAAUCUUUGAUUUACUGCUCAUUUUGCAAGACUUACUGUCAAAAGAACAUCUUUUCAGAUUGUUAAAAUAUUCUACGUGUAGAUGCUUUGUCUGACACAGAGGCUGUCCCAGCCCAACAGUGUCCUCCACUUGCCCAAGGGAACUGGUUCUGCCCCGGGGCUGGAAAGCCUUAGUCCCGUCCCUGACCUCCUUCUCACCUGACGACCUGGCUAUAUGCUUUGAUGAUGCCAGGGGCCACAGGCUCCCCAGUCUAAGUCGUGUACCACCCCCACCCCCUAUAGUUAAUAAGCAAAUACCCUUGGAAAGCGGUUACACUUUAGAGCUACGUCUAGUGUUUAUAAUCUGGUACUUGGUGUAAGUAAGGCUAUGAGCAGGAUGGGAGAAGACAUGGAACUCCAAGUGAAGGGAAAGGAUAGAAAGUAUAGUAAUAUUAUGGAAAUGGCAUGGAGUUGGGAAUCAAGUACUGGAUUCAAGUUCUAUCAUUUGCUUCUGUGAAAAACAUUAAAAACUAACUUCGUAAAUCCUGCCACCCUGAUAAACACGUACACAUGCAAACACUCA